AUGUCGUCGCACACCCAACGCCCCACUGAUCCCCCUCCGGCUGCCGCCCCGAAGAAGACUCGCAAAGCGGCUGACCCUAAGGUUACUCAAACCAAAACCGCAGCCAGCGCCGGAGCCAGCACCGAAAAGGCUCAAGCUAGCAAGGACAAGGCUAGCAAAACAGCCAAACCGAAAGCUAACACCGCAAGCAAGGAAGGCACAAGUUGUGUCUUCCUUUACGGCACACUGAUGAUGCCCGAGGUCUUCUACAAGACCAUAUACGGAACCACGGACCCCCCCGAGGCGACCCGCAAACUCCAUCCCUUCCAACCCGCCAUGCUCGACGGCUACCAGCGUUUCCGCGUCAUGGACGUUGUCUACCCGGGCAUCAUCCCGACCAAGGGCCGCAAGGUCUACGGCACUCUCGUGUCGGGGCUCACCAAGGCCCACAUCCAGAAGCUGGACAAAUAUGAGGGUGACCAGUACGACCGCAGGUCCGUCACCGUGAACUUGGUCAAGAGGCUCGGAGGCGGGAACCUCGCCGACGCCGGCAAGGCCGUGGCCGACGUCUACAUCUUCAAGUUCCCGCAGGAGCUCGACGCGAUGGAUUGGGAUCCGGUGGAGUUCCGCCCAAGUAAAGGGGGUAAGAGAGGGCAGGGAAAGGGCAGAGAGUACAGCAACCACACAAUGAAAAGGAGUGCUACCUGUAUUUACAUGGUGGGCACCGUUGACUCGAAGAUGGGAGAGAACUGGAAUUCGGAUACGACGGGACUUUUACUCUGUUCUACACGGCAUCAAUCCCACGACUGCACGGCUCGCGAGGAGAGUCCUCGACUGGCUGAUGGACUCCGGGAAGCUGCCGAUGUACAACUUAGCCAGGAGGCUCGAGCUGGAAGCGGCGGCCUGAAGCGCCCCCGUUCGGAGGCCAGGAGGCCUCCUCUCUUUGUAUACGCAGACUCACCAGAACGCAUCGUUCCUUGA